AUGUCUGUUCUGGACAUCUUUGAAAUUCAAGAGGCAAAUUCACCACCACCACUGCCGCUUCGUAACAGUCACAAAAGAGCUGAGAUGCAGGAAAAACAAGAUGAUGGAGCUGAAAUUCGAAUCAUACUGCUUGGAAAAACAGGAUCGGGUAAGAGUGCUACUGGAAAUUCUAUUUUAGGAGGAAGCUAUUUUGAUUCAUAUGUGUGUGGAAAUUCAGUAACUAAGAUAUGUGAAAAAUUUGAUGGAGUUUGUAAUGGCAAAAAUUUAGUAAUAAUUGAUACACCCGGUUUGUUCGACACAACUUUAUCUCAUGACGCAAUAAGUCGGGAAUUAAUUCGCUGCGCUCAAUUGUCGUUACCAGGUCCACAUGUGUUUUUGAUUGUUCUGCAGAUAACACGGUUCACAGAGGAAGAAACAAAGUCUUUGGAACACUUGUUCAAGAUAUUUGGUACAUCCAUGGGGGAUUAUGCUUUGAUUGUUUUCACAAGAUCGGAAGAAUUAGAAAGAGAAGGGAAAUCUAUCAAAUCUUUUAUUGAGGGAUCAGGCUCACAUCUAAUCGAUUUCGUUGAGAAAUGCAAGAAUAGAUAUAUUGGGAUAAACAACAAUGCGAACGGAUCAAACUUAGUUGAUAUGGUGACGGGAGUGGUAAAAGCUAUAAAUGAUAUAGUAAACAAUAACAACGGUGGCCAUUUUACCAACAAAAUAAUUGAUGAAGCUAGAGAAGUCCAUACCACUUUGAGUAAAGCAACGGCCAUGCAGGUAUUAGACAAAUUAGAUAGUAAUCAAGAUCAAGAAGACGGAGAUGAGUUUGACGAAAAUGAAUUCGACGAUAUUUCUUUACAAAGCCAUGAUUCCGGUGUGUCCUUGGCAAAUCAAUCUUUAUUCGAAGAUGUAUCUGUAGAAUGUAAUAGUUUGGAGACAGAUUUGAAUGAACUUAUCGAUAAAUAUGAAAAGAAAAUUCUGAGCAAUGAAGAAUUCAAUAAAACUCUACAAGAACAAUCGAAAAAGGAGGUUGAAGAUGUCGACUUGCAGCUGGAAAAUAAAAAUAAAGAGGUUAAAGAUAUCACCGCCGAUUUAAACCAUGUGAAAAACCAGCGUCGUACAUUACAGCAACAAAAGAGUGAGCUCAAGAACAAAACAAAAAUUGAUAUUAAAGAAAAUGAUUUAAAAUUGAAGCAGCUGCACAAAAUAAAAAGAAAACUUGCGAUGCAAAAAUAUAAUCUCCAUCGAAAAAAAAUUGAAUUAAGACAGAAUCUUUCAAAAGAGUCUGACAGUUUGCAAACCAUGAUGAGAACAAAUGAAAAGGGUUGUUUGAUUAUGUAG